UUUCUUCAUGCUAGUCACUCACCAAAAUGGAGGUACGAUAGGGUGUAUUUUUUUAUCAAGUCACAAGAUAUAAAAGACGAGUGAAUCGUACCGUUCAGUAAAGUUUCUUCGUCGUUUACGAUGAGAUUAACAAAUGACACAUAAAGUGUUUGCGUAUUGGUUGCCGUUCAUCGUUCGCGUUGUCGUCGCGAAGUCCGAACGCUCCGUUCUUUCAGAAUCGUAUUUUUUAUUUUGACAUUUAACGUUUUUAUUCGAACGUUCGUUACCAUCGAUAUUUGAGAUUUCGGUUUAUCUUCGUUGUGGUUCGUUAUGUCCGGAGAUCACAAAGCAGGAAUUAAAUAUCCUUCGGAGUACGUCAAGCUCAAUAUCGGCGGUUCCUUACACUACACAACCGUAGGUACACUCCAAAAAUAUGACACUAUGUUACGUGCUAUGUUUAGUGGUCGCAUGAAAAUGAUCACUGACUCCGAAGGGUGGAUAUUAAUAGAUAGGUCCGGUAAACACUUUGGAACAAUUUUAAAUUUCCUGAGGGACGGCUCAGUCCCAUUACCAGAGAGCACUAAAGAAAUGGCAGAACUACUAGCAGAAGCAAAGUUUUAUUGUGUCAGCGAAUUAGCAGAAUCGUGUGAGCAAGCACUUCUUCGAAAGGAAAGAGAAGCAGAGCCUAUUUGUAGGGUUCCACUUAUCACUUCCCCAAAAGAAGAACAAUUAUUAAUUAGCAAUACUACUAAACCAGUGGUUAAAUUGCUUAUUAAUAGACACAAUAAUAAAUAUUCGUAUACAAGUUCAUCAGAUGAUAAUCUGUUAAAAAACAUAGAAUUGUUCGACAAAUUGUCCCUUAGAUUCAGUGGCAGAGUGCUAUUUAUUAAAGAUGUGAUUGGCUCCAGUGAAAUAUGUUGUUGGACAUUCUAUGGUCAUGGCCGCAAGAGAGCAGAAGUUUGUUGUCACUCUAUUGUAUAUACAACUGACAAAAAACACACUAAGGUUGAGUUUCCAGAGGCCAGAAUUUAUGAAGAGACAUUAAAUAUUUUGUUAUACGAGCACCGAAAUGGUCCUGACCAAGAACUAAUGCAAGCAACUUCCUCUCGCGGCGCAGUCAGCGGUGCACCGCCUUGUACAUCAGAUGAAGAAGAGGGUGAGCGUUCAUUGGCUCGCCUUCGAUCCAACAUACACCCAACAUUAUUCCCUUUAUCUUUCCUCAUCCAGUGACCCUUAGCGUCGAUCGAGUCCUCACCCUUAAAAUACGAGCCAAUAUAAAAUAAGAUGUGUGAGAAAAGAGAUGCGAAAAGUAUUUCAUAAAUAUAUGUAUAUAUACACGGUGUUCGAUAACAGGUUAGAGAAAAUUCAAAGAAUGAUUUUCCAUGACAAUAUAAUAAUGAAAAUGAAGAAUGAAGAAAUGCGGUUUCUAACUAUUAAAAUCGACCAAUAGUGAUUUUUCUUCUCGAUUUUUAUUUUAUAUUGUCAUAAAUCAGCCCUUGAAUUUUCUCCAACUUGUUGUUAAAUAUCCUGUAUAUGUAUGUACAAAUAUUUCAUAUGUAUAUAUGUGUCUCUGCUCUAUUUUGUGCAAAACAUAAAUUGAAAAUUUUAGGAUUGGUUGUAUAAUGGGCUACCAUUAAGUUUGACAUCACACUCUCAUAUUUUCUUGGUAUAUAGAUAUUCAUCCUACUUAUUUCACAUAUCUGGGAUCAUUUGUGGAUAACUUUGAGUUACAACAGAAUGACAAGUUCGUCUUGACUUAAUUCAUACUUAGGUAAUAAGGUAUAGAGUAAUACAGAAGGUGUAAUAUGUUUUCUUAUUCCUUAUUUACAUAUUGAAAAUUUGAAGAUAAGUAGCAUUACGUCGAUUGAAUCAAGUGACCUCAUACUGUCUUCUAUAGAGGCAGAUAAGAGCAUAUUCAUUUAAAGACACGUUCUCUUGACCAUUUCUAACAAUUCUGGGUCCUUUUGGUCAGAUAUUUCGAUGUUCCAAUACCUAGGAUCAUCAAAAUUUCUGCACUAAAACAUCGAUAUUACCAGUCGUAAUUGAGCCUUCCUUAUAAAAAAAUAAUAUUUUUAAUUAGAGAGAUCUUCCUUAUUAAAAAGUUGUUGCAGUCUCUUAUUAAUUUCGACUGGAUCAAGCGACCUCAUAUUGUCUUCUGCAGAGGCAGAUAGAAAACAUGUUUACUUUAAAACCUAUUCUCUUGGCUAUUUCUAACAGUUCUGGGUCCUAUUUAAAGAUAAGUAUCUUUAAGAGAGUGAAGAUGCGAGUACCAUUUAUGUGCCAAAUGAUUGUGUCAGAUAUAAAAAUUGAAGUAAAAGUCGAAGUUGCCAUU